AUGGUGAAGAACCACACCCACGUCACCCAGUUCCUCCUGCUGGGGCUCACAGAGCAUGAAGGGCUCAAGGGCGUCCUCUUUGCGCUCUUUCUGCUCAUCUACUCAGUCACCCUCCUGGGCAACCUGGGCAUGAUCACCCUGAUCCACGCAGACCCACAGCUCCACACACCCAUGUACUUUUUCCUGAGUGUCCUGUCCUUCAUAGACUCCUCGUUUUCCACAGUGGACACUCCCAAGCUGCUGAAGAGCUUCCUCACCUCAGGCCAGUCCAUCUCCUUUGCAGGCUGUGUGGUCCAGAUGGCCCUCAUGGUUCUCCAUGGUACUGCUGAGUGUCUGCUCCUAGCUGUCAUGGCCUAUGACCGAUUCGCCGCCAUCUGCCACCCUCUCCUCUACCACACCAUCAUGUCCCGACGUCUGUGUGUUCUGCUGGUGGUAGCCAUCUAUACUGCUUCUGUUGCCAAUUCAGCUUUGCUGACUGGGUACAUCUUCAAGCUUCCCUACUGUGGCCCCAAUGUCAUUAACCACUAUUUCUGUGACAUCCCCCCUGUGCUCCAUCUGGCGGUCUCCUAUGUCUACAUCCUGGUGACCAUCUGUAGGAUGCAUUCCCUGGAGGCACAGAGCAAAGCACUCUCCACCUGUGCCUCCCACCUCACCAUCAUCUGCCUCUUAUACAGCACCAUCACCUUCAUGUAUGCUCAGCCAAGCUCUCUCAGUUCCAUAGAACAAAACAAGGUUGUGUCUGUCUUCUACACUGGGGUCAUCCCCAUGCUGAACCCUCUGAUCUACAGCCUGAGGAAUAAAGAUGUAAAAGCUGCUUUGAAGAGGAGAUGCCUUGGCAAGCUGCCUUUCUAA